AUGCCAAUCCUCAAAGUCGGCAUCAUCGGCGCCGGCGAAGUCGCGCAAGUCAUCCACCUACCUACUCUCAUCCUCCUUUCCCAUCUAUACGAAAUCAUCAGCAUCUGCGACAUAUCCGCGCAAACGGCUCUGCACUGCGCCACCAAAUUCCAUAUUCCUCACCACACCACCAAUCCAGAUGACAUCAUCAACAAUGCCGCCGUCGACGUCGUCUUCAUCCUCACCAGCGACGAGUAUCACGCCGUCUACGCAGUGGCCGCGUUACGCGCACACAAAAACAUCAUGAUCGAGAAACCACUAACCCUAUCCCUCCCGGCCGCGCAGCAGAUUCUCGCCGCCGAACGAGAGUCGCAGGGGAGAGUUUUUGUAGGCUAUAUGCGUCGCUACGCGCCCUCAUUCACAGGCGCCUUUCUGCGCGAAGUCGCAUCAAUCCCAAAAAUAAUGUACGCGCGGGUGAGAGACAUGAGUGGGCCAAACACAUUUUUUGUGAGUCAGAGCGGCACGUUUCAAGUAAAAGCCACCGAUAUUCCAGCCUCUGCAGGCGAGAAGCGUGAACGGCUGCUCGAUGGCUUGUAUCAUGAAGCAUUCCCAGGUGCAGAAGAGAUUACGGAUGAGAUGAAGAAGUACUGUCGGUUUCUGGGGAGUUUGGGAUCCCAUGAUCUGUCGCUUAUGCGCGAGACGUUGGGGGUGCCAGAGUCUGUUGGUGGAGUAUCCGUCAACGAUCCGUUUUAUUCUGCGAUUUUCAAGUAUGGGACAUUUGCGGUUACGUAUGAGAGUGGGAUUGACGGUGUCGCGGAGUUUGAUGCUCAUUUGGCGGUUUAUGGGGAGAAGAAGAGGGUGGAGAUACGGUAUGAUACGCCGUAUGUUAAGGGGUUGCCGAUUAAGGUGCGGGUUGAGGAGGUAAAUGAGUACGGCGAGAAGCAGACUAGGGAGAUUGUGUCGAGUUAUGAGGAUGCGUAUACGGCGGAGUUGACGCAGAUGUAUAAGUGUUUUGUGGAGGGCGAGCCGAUCAAGACGACGGCGGAGGAUGCGGUGCAGGAUUUGAGGUUGUAUGAUGCGAUGUAUAGCAAGUGGAGAAAUGAUAGUCCUGUAUAG